AUGCCCCUGGAGGCACCAAUCGACGGGCACAGCGAGUCGCUGCCAUUGCUCCAUAACCUGGCCGACCGAAGACCAUACCAGCCAUAUUGCGUGACCGAAGCCUCUUCGCGUGCCCAAAGCCCGGAACUUCUCACUCCGAAACCUUUACGCAUUAUCAAAUCCUGCGCCCGGGAACUCGAUGGCGAUGAGCAAACUCAACACUCCAGGGAUGAUGUGUUAGACAUGUUGCCUGCCCGAUCUGCGGCAUCAAGUCCCGGGCAACAAGACAGUCUUAUCAUAUUACCCAAGACGGGAAGCAAAAGCAAAAGAAACCCAUCCUUAUCCAAUCGCAUAUCGCAGCUCGGGAACACCAAAACGGCAAGUCCAAAUUACAUCGCACAGGCCGUAACUCCACGCGGAAGCCACACAUUAGCUUCACUUGACGAGGCAGUGUACGACGAGACACUAUCACAUCCGUGGGUGCAACGCCCAAGGUCUUUGUACAUAGCAACGUCUCAGCAAGUCAUUCGCAAGCCGCUUCCAUGGCGUAGCGGACAUGCAGGAAUGGAUUACCAUCCAUUACCUCCCCUGCCGUACGAUACAACUGCAACACCGGAGUUA